CACCCGAGCAUAUAAACCCUUCCAAAGCCUCCCCCUCACCUCACUUUUUUUCCGUCCGUUCUCGUCUUCGAGAUCAAACCCAGUCCUAACCCUCUUCCCCUUCUCACCAGAAUCCCUCUUCUCGAGUCUCCACUCCCUUUCCGUCGACCCUCGACGGGUCCGCGGUCUCCUCGAGCCACGCUCUCUCCGUCGCCAACGGCGAACGCUUCUUGGAGCUAGGGUUUCUCAGCGGAGCGCCCCCUCCCCCCGCGGGGGAAGUUCGGCAUCAUGUACGGUGGCGAUGAGGUCUCGGCCAUAGUUAUCGAUUUGGGCUCUCACACGUGCAAAGCUGGUUAUGCUGGGGAAGACGCUCCGAAGGCAGUGUUUCCCUCUGUAGUUGGCUCGAUUGAUCAAGUAGAAGCCAACAAUGAUGUGAAGUCUGAGAAGGAAUCUGAACCUGCAUCAGAUUCUAAAAAUGGUGUCAAGCCACUUGAUUCAGAUAAAUCGAAGGCCAAACGGAAGUUAUAUGUUGGUUCUCAAGCCCUUGGGUACAGACGAGACCAUAUGGAGGUGAUGUCACCUAUAAAAGAUGGAGUUGUUGUUGAUUGGGAUGUUGUUGACAAUAUAUGGGAUCAUGCUUUCAGGGAGCGGUUAUUAAUUGAUCCCAAAGAACAUCCAAUGCUGCUUGCAGAACCAUCUUGUAAUACUCCUCAGCAAAGAGAAAGGGCAGCAGAGCUCAUGUUUGAGAAUUACAAAGUCCCAGCUUUAUUUUUAGCAAAAAAUGCUGUUCUCACAUCUUUUGCAUCUGGGCGAGCUACAUCUCUUGUUGUUGAUAGCGGGGGUGGAUCCACAACCGUUACUGCUGUUCAUGAUGGCUAUGUUCUUCAAAAGGCUGCGGCAAAAUCACCAAUUGGAGGUGAAUUCCUGACCGAGUGUAUGAUGAAAAGCUUGGAGAGCAAAGGCAUUGUGUUGAAGCCUAGAUAUUCCUUCAAGAGAAGGGAAAUGCGACCCGGAGAAUUUCAGACAAUAGAUCUUGAUUUUCCAAAUACCACAGAAAGCUACAAGCUGUACUCCCAGAGGGUAAUAGCUGGUGACAUCAAGGAAUGCGUAUGUCGAGUACCAGAUACUGCAUUUGAUGAGACUGCAUAUGCGAAUGUUCCUAUGACUUCUUAUGAGCUCCCUGAUGGGCAAACAAUUGAAAUUGGUGCCGAUAGAUUCAAGAUUCCUGAUGUUCUAUUUAACCCAUCAUUAGCCCAGACAAUUCCGGGCAUGGAGAGCUAUGCAGAUUCUGCUAUACCUGUUCGUGGUCUUCCACAAAUGGUCAUUGAGAGCAUAAAUAAAUGCGACGUAGACAUUCGGAGAGAACUAUUUAGCAGCAUUUUGCUUGCGGGUGGCACAGCAUCAAUGCAACAGUUAAAGGAGCGGCUUGAGAAAGAGUUGAUGGAGGAGGCUCCUCAAGCUGCACGUGUUAAGGUACUAGCAAGUGGGAACGCGAUAGAAAGGCGAUUCAGUGUUUGGAUAGGAGGAAGUAUUCUGGCAUCUCUUGGGUCAUUUCAGCAAAUGUGGUUCUCCAAAGCAGAGUAUGAAGAGCAUGGAGUUUCAUAUAUUCAGAGAAAAUGCCCUUAGGUAUGACUUCAGGCAAGCAUAAUGGCAUGUUGACACGAAGAAUGUGGCCGUUCGGUGCCCCCAAGCUGGAGUCGUAUUUGUUGCUAUCAGAUGAUGUUUCUCUUCUGAUGACUGAAGAAUGGUGUACUAUUAUUAUCAAUAUUUUCUGAUUAAUCUGUCAUUUUUUAAUUUUGCUAAAUUUUCAGGAAUGUAGGAAAAGAAUGUAAUUUGACUCUACUGCAACAGUUACGGAUUAUAGCAGCACAUUUUCUCUUGUUCUGAAUAUCUCA